UAUAUCUUUCGAGUUUGUCUUAAGUGCCCAUCAUAUCAUAUACGCGUAUACGGCACGCAGAUGUUUUAUCUUGUAAUCGGUUUUCUCGUAAUUUCUUCGGCGGUGGCAGCGCGGGAGUUGGUUGGAGUGAAAGCAGUUAAUAUAAUUUUACAACAUCCCGAAGAUACGAGUAAGGCAGGUAAAAAUAAUGAUACCCGAAUAAUAGGCGGGCAGCCAAUUAGCAUCGAAGAAGCACCUUGGCAAGUGGGGUUACACGAAGACGGCGAGUUGAUAUGUGGCGGAUCGGUGAUUAGCAAUCUGCUUAUAUUGACGGCAGCUCAUUGUGUUAUCGAUUCCAGACCAAGCCGGAUGUCGGUUCGUGCAGGUUCGUCAUACCGCCAACGGGGUGGCCAAGUGAGGAGGGUUGCAAAAAUAUUUUAUGAUGGCUCAUACAACGAACGAACAAACAACAAUGACAUCGCAAUAAUACAAUUACGGAAGCCUUUGCAAAUCAACCAAUUCGUCAUGCCUGUCAAAUUGGCUUCUACUUUUCAGCCUCCUUCGGGAUUCGCUUCGGUGACGGGUUGGGGUGUGACUCGUGAAGCAGCCCAAAAUACGUCGCCAAUUCUGCGGGAAGUGACUGUUCAAUUUAUACCUUCUAAUAGAUGUCGGAAUUUGUAUAGAAAGAGGAAUAUUCCAAUAACUGCGAAUAUGGUUUGUGCGGGUGCAACUAACGGUGGGCGGGACGCGUGUCAAGGUGAUUCCGGUGGACCGUUGGUGGAAGACGGACUUCAGUAUGGAAUUGUUUCGAUGGGAGUUGGGUGUGGGCGAGCUAGUUUCCCUGGGGUCUAUACAAGUGUGGCUAGGAAACUCAAAUGGAUUAAGAAAGCGAUGGCAGCAAUUUAAGGAAACGUUCAUGGACUGAAGGUGUAAUUAUACUCUACGUGAAUUAAUAUUGAGA